GACACUUUAGAGGAGCAAAGCAUCAGUCAGCGUCCAGCCCAAGCAAACUGAACAUCACUUGUGGAGAGUACAUUUUUCAUGUCCGGAUUUUACCUGGAAGUUAAAACGAAGUAAUAAAGUCUUUCAGUUUGGAAUAACAUUAUGGGAAUUCCAUUAGUUGGCUUGAAUCGUAAUAUCCAAUCUGACUGUGUGCUUUCUCAAAAUUUUAACAUCAUGUGACACGUGGACUGUCCAAUGGAGACCACUACAACACUUAUCAAGAUAAACAGCCGACUCGAGAGAAUUCUUGAGCAUCUCGAACCCAACGUAACAACCGUUUUAAAUGUGUCCGCCCCUUUCCACCAUCACAUGAAUAAUGCUGUGUUGGGGGUUCUCCUUGGCACACUGUCCCUUCUGACGGUUAUCAUGAACCUGCUGGUCCUUUUUGCCGUCAGAAAAGAAAGAACAUUGCACACAGUUGGGAACCUUUACAUAGUUAGCCUCUCGAUAGCUGACCUGAUCGUUGGGGCCACAGUCAUGCCCUUGAAUCUAGUGUACCUGCUAGAGGAUGAAUGGAAAUUGGGUCGGCUUGUUUGCCAAUUCUGGCUGGUAAUGGAUUACGUUGCGAGCACGGCUUCUAUUUUCAGUUUGUUCAUCCUAUGCCUGGACAGGUACCGCUCUGUCCGACACCCCUUACAGUAUUUAAAAUACCGGACACGAGGAAGAGCUACAUUGUUGAUUUGUAGCGCAUGGCUUCUCUCUAUGACAUGGACAGUUCCCAUUCUUGGGUGGCGGAUGUUUGCACAAGUUGAUAGGAAGCCAGAGCUGGAGAACAAGUGUGACACAGACUUCCGCUUUGUGACGUGGUUCAAGGUUCUGACUGCCAUCCUUAACUUCUACAUCCCAUCUUUCCUGAUUCUUCUGUUCUACUCGCAGAUCUUCAUUGCUGUGAGGGAACAUUAUAGAGAGUGGGAGAACUUCGCUGGUCCGAUGGUGAAAACUGAAGCAGAUGAUACAUUACAAAACGGAAUGCAGUUACAAAUAACAAAAGUGUCUGAGAAAGAUAGUUUGGGUUCACAUGCAUAUUCUCCAAAAGAGGGUCUGUUGGAUCAGUACAGUUUGGAACAACCUUACAAUUUAAGGGACAAUCUGGAGGAAAACACAGAUUCCUUGUCUGAAGUGAAGAAGAAAAGUUGUUACAAAAAGAAACCGAUAUUCGGUCUUUCAAAACGCACGAGAAAGAACAUGCAAGAGUCCAACGAAAUUUCCUCUUUGAGCGAUGAUGGAGAAACUAUUGCUGGAGCUCCCGUCAGGCAGCCAUCUUUAUCUCUGGGCUUUCUUCAGUCGGAUAAUAACACUCAGCCCAAAACCUUUGUGAAUGUGAAUGACUGCAAUGUGUUAGUGCCGAAUUCUGUUGGUAACAUUUGUGAGAUUGCACCCGCAGUGGAUAUUCACAAUUACACGUCUGUUUUCUGCAAUCAUGAUACGCCGCCUUCGCCACCAUCACCAUGGGCAGAUAACAGUCCUCCACUGGACGCUACCAAUUCAAUGCCUGUAAAACAAAUUUGGCAGAAGCUCUGUGAACAAUCGAAACAGAGCGUCCACAGCAUGCGCAUACGUAAGGAGAGGAAAGCCGCCAGGCAACUCGGCUGUAUCAUCGGCGUCUUUAUGGUAUGCUGGAUCCCGUAUUUUAUCACCUUUAUGGUGAUGGCUUUGUGUGAAACUUGUGUCCAUCAUGACCUUCACAUGUUCACUAUUUGGCUUGGGUACAUCAACUCCACUUUGAAUCCUUUCAUAUACCCACUGUGCAAUGAAAACUUCAAAAGAGUCUUCAAGAAGAUUUUUCGUAUUAAUAGAUGAAAUUUACAGUUUCAACAUGGCUUUUAAAAACUGUUAGCUUGCCUGUUUCAUCUGUGAUUUUGAAUCGUGUAAAGUGUGUACAUUGGUAGUUGGUAUUCACCAAGAUGUGCUUCUGUCAGACCUUGUACGUAUAAAGAAAUGUUGUUAUUUAUUAUUGACAUCUGCAAUCUGCAUCAGAUUAUUAUUCAUCAUGAAGUUGUUUCAUUAUUUUGAGGUCAAAACACAUACUUAAUAUAGGUGAUAUUUAAAGGUGCCGUAGAAUGUAAACUGUAUUUUUCUAGACAUAGAUUAAUAAGAGUUCUGCACAAGGUAAUGACAUAUCAUGAGCCUCAAACACGACUGUUUUCUCCUUCUUAUGUAAACCUUGUGCAUGCAAAAGACUGCUGGAAAACAGACCAAUCUCAACAUAACAUCAACUGUGACGUUACAGUUGCCCCCAACAUUAAAUUACACAUUAAAUUAAGUACAAUGUUGUUACAAUGUUAAAAACAAAGUUGUGAGUGUUGAGUUAGCGCUAUAUGCUAGUUAAUGCUUUAUGCUAACAUUUAGGCUGAAGUUCUACUGUUAACGUUACAGUUACAGUUUGCAGGUCCAUACUGAAAAUAAAAAAACACAAACCUACCACUCAGAAACCUCCAUUAACAGGGCUAAAAGUACAAUUUUUCAGAAAAACGUUUAAAAUAUAAUGUUUUAGACAAAGACAUAUUUUUAAUGUGGUCAAUAACGUAAGUGUGGUCUAUAAUUUUGUCCUUUAUCUUUGAAAAAAACCCCAAUACAAUUUAAAUUUCAUUUUAAAUUUCAGUUUCAUCCAAUGUUUUAAAAGCAACCUUACAGUUCAAACUUGAAAAACUCUGAGAAGACAAACGUAAGGAUGUGUUAGAGCACUAAAUAGCCUGUAGAUUGAUCAGAACUGUACACAUGAGACCAGAAACACAACGCAUAAAAAAGAAAAUAAUGACCGCUUUAGGGAUUUACUUAUUAUGGUCGAAAACAGCUUUCUGGACCUGCACGCGUGAAAUGAACAAAGUAAUGCGAUAUUUGUCAGGUCUGUCAAGGGUUGCAUGCUAAAGAUGCUGUCAUAGUUUGGAAUGCAAAUGUAGUCAGAGCUCUGAGAAAAUCGUUUUGUUACUUUUGUCCUGCUUUCGGAGCUGUUCUGUGAAAUAACCAAUCAGAGCAGAGCUCAAAGUUAUUAUUCACGACCCUUUCAAAUAUGGUAAUAAUAGACCAUUUCAUUCUAAAGGCAAACCCUAGGGUUGUAAAUGGACAUGUAAAAGCAUCUCUAGAUAAUUGUUGCACUUAAUAAAGCCAAAUACCUUCUAUCUAGAUAUCAGAGAACAAUUUAACAGAUUAUUUCAAAGCAUUCUUUGGCACCUUUAAGCACUUAUAUUGCAACUAUAAAAUGACUGCUUCAGCUUUUAGAUCUAAUUUCACCACAUGAAGUAACAAGUACUGUAACUGCAGUAUUAUUCAUCCUCAUGUACAGUAUUUUACUUGCUACAUUAUUUUAAUACUGCUUUGGCCAUAAGUAAAUCCUAGAUUUUGCAAUUUUCACUGUUCUGACAUUAAUCAGGCCUAUGUUAUAGCAUGUACUGCACAUAUCAAAAAACAAUUUCAUUACAUUCGGUAGCCUGUUAUAUGAAGAGCUUGUAACUGGCACAUACAAGGACAGAUGAACAUGUGGGUAUGUUUUGUUUGAAAUGACAGACUAGUCUUUAUGUUAUUUUAUUUUUAAGCAAAGGAAAACGUUGUGUGUGUAUACAUUAAUAUACACAGUCUGUACAUUAUUUGUGAACAUGGAAAACCUAUCAUUUGGUCACAGCUGCCAAAAUGUAGUAUAUGUAGUAUAAAAACAGAGGACACUGUGUUAAAAACUGUACAGACCAUAAUAGAAUUAAAUAACAAACAGUGAUAAUUUAAAACAGGAAAGACUGUAUUGCAUACUCUUUUUUAUUUUUAUUUCAUACAGCACAUACAUAAAGUAUUUGGUUCUGCAUAAUUCUCACAGGCUGCUGGUAAUACAAAGAAAGAGUCGACAAAGAACUAAAGUAGUUAAAACUCAAUUAUAUAAUCAUGUAUAAUAGUAAUGCAGUGAAGUCUCA